AUGUCCGAACAAAAAAUUCUGAGUCCAAAACUUUCCUCUGAUGCGGAGAAGAAACUUGAUCCAAUUGUAUCCUCCAUUUCGAGCAUCAGAGAGGUUGAAGGAAAUGUGGUAGGUUUUGAUUUAUUUGAGAAGGCCCAGGAGAUAGAGAAAGAAGAAAUCGAAAAUGAAUACAAGAAAAUAAGAGCAAAGAUAGAUAGAAGAAUUUUGCCUUUGCUCUGCGUUACGUACACACUACAAUUUUUAGACAAGCUUUCGUUAAAUUAUGCUUCCGCUUAUUCCUUGACAGAAGAUUUAGAUCUCGUUGGCCAAAGAUACUCAUGGGUUGCUGCUAUAUUCAAUUUUGGUUAUCUCUUUUGGGCGUUACCUUCAAAUUACAUUAUUCAAAAAGUUCCAGUUGCAAAAUAUACUGGCAUCAUGCUUGCUAUUUGGGCAGUGAUUUUGAUCGCGCAUGUUGGUUGUCGUAAUUAUGCUGGAAUGCUUGUUGUGAGAUUCAUUUUAGGUAUGUUUGAAGCAGGGAUAUCGCCUUCGUGUAUGAUGAUCUGUUCUAUGUUCUAUACCAGACAGGAGCAACCAUUUAGAAUGUGUACCUUUUUAUCUUGCAAUGGUAUUGCAACUAUGGUAGGAGCGUUGUUAGGUUAUGGAUUGGGGCAUGCCACUAGUGCGUCAAUUAAACCAUGGAAGCUAAUUUUCUUGGUUAUUGGUUUAUUGAACUUCGUAUGGUCGUUUGUAUUCUUCUUAAUUUGUCCCGACUCUCCUUCAACUGCCAAGUUCCUAGAUGAGAGAGAAAAAGCUAUUUUAGUCGAAAGAAUUUCGAAAAACAAUAUAGGAAUCAAAGAUAAAAAGUUCAAGAAAAGUCAUUUAGUCGAGGCAUCUUGUGAUAUUACUGUCUGGAUGAUAGCUCUCAUUGGGCUUUGCUGUGGAAUAAUAAACGGUGGUGUAUCAAACUUCUCCUCGUCGUUGAUAAAAGGUUACGGAUUUAGUGGUUUAACAGCAACAGCUUUACAGCUACCUACCGGUGCUAUUGAAUUUGUAGUUGUCUUUACCGCAGGUAUAAUUGCUAUUUCAGUCAAAAAUACUCGAUGCAUUAUAUUUGUUUUGCUCUGUGUUCCUGGUCUCGCAGGACUCAUUGGGAUACACGCCGGUAAUUUGGACCAUAAAUGGGCCCUCGUUGGUUGCACCUGGUUGCAAUUUAUUAUUGGAGGACCUGUCAUAUUAUCUUGGAUUUUUUUAACUGGUAACAUUGGUGGGCAUUCGAAGAGAACGAUUGCGAAUGGAUUAUGGUUUACUUUUUACGCAGCCGGUAACAUUGUUGGUGCAAAUAUAUUCUAUGCAAGAGAAGCACCAAAAUACAGAAGCGCUAUGAUAGGGUUAAUGACAUGCUACUGCGGUAUGAUGGCAAUCGGUAUCUUGUAUAGACUUAUCUUGAUGAGAAGAAACCUGAACAGAGAUAAGGAACAAGGAGGGUACUCUGAAGAAAUAGCGCAGCAGGCCGUUAUUGACGGGUUUAAAGAUUGCACUGAUUUUGAGAAUAGAGGUUUUAGAUACGCUCUUUAG